CGUCUGGUGAUGUCACAGACCCCAGAGGAGAAAAGCCUCACCAAGACCAUAGACCAACAGUGGAGAAUGAAUCCACCCAUCCCACCACAGUGCAGGAUAUCCCAGGAAUUAUGGAUGUGGGCCAAAUGUCAAGUCUUGUCCUCACUGCGUAUGCCCUUUGCUAUUGGGAACAGUCUCCCGGCUCUCAAAAAAGCUGCAGGCAAAGAAGGGUCUUGUAACUCAGUCUCCAUCACACCCUACAAACCUGACAACCCUAUGAAAUCCUCGCGAACCCACCAGGAACUGCAUCGAGAACUGCUGCUCACGUGUAAGAAAGGCCUGGUCCUACACAGUAAGCCUGAACUACUGCGCGUUAUGGAGAAGAGAAGGUCUCAGUGGCAGGAACGUCAGGACACAAAGACGUCUCCUUGCCCCCUACAGCAGGAACUGCACAAGUGGCAGCUGCGAAGAGAAGAGAAAGAGCAGAAAUCAACGAAAGAAGGUCCAGCAGUCCAUGAGUUCCUCAAAGUGAGAGAAAACCUUCGUAAAUCCUCAACAAAAGAUGCCCAGAGUCCACCACCACCACCUGUCAGCUGAAUACAACUUUCAAUAAUGGACCUGUCCAACCACAAUAUGACAUUGACACUUGUCCUUUUGAGAUGCUUUGCAGACUGUUUGCUCCAUCUGUGUUCUGGUGGUCACAUCUGGGAAGAAAUCAAGCUUAUGAAAACCUAUUUUACCUUCAGGAGCAAAGCAUAUACUUUUGAAAGCUUUGUGUUACAAAGGAACAUUUAUAUUCAACUUUUUGUGCACGUCUUGGCAGUAUGAGACCCCUAAGCCCUGAGGUGUGUGAGGUUCUUCAAAAAGAAAUGAAAGGCUUUGUUAUUAAAAAUAACUGGAGAAGAGAGGGGCUUGGGUAAAAUAUCUAUUGAACUGCUCAUGGGUGGGUCUUAUUGUUCAGUUGGUGGAGCUACAUUCACUAGUAACCUGGAUAUGAUGCAUAUUGAUAGGUAUUUCUUGUCCGUUGCUAUAACAAUUAUGGUCCUUUCAUCCAAAGUGAAAAAUCAUUGUAUAAAAGGGGCUUCCAAAUGACUACACACCGAAAUCUCAAAGCUUUGAACAUGUCUAGAUUGUGGUCACUCUUUAAUGGUCCAUAAAUAUAGUUUCCUGAAGUAUUAGCAGCUCAUCAUUCUGGAUAGAAGUGGGUUCAGAUUGAAUACCC